AUGGCGAGACGGGUAAUAACACGAAUUGUGGCCUUGCUGUGUUUUGUGGUCGAAAGUGAGGAAAAAUGCAAAGUGGUGCAGAAAACUAGUUUUUGUGACAGUUUGCAAGACUUGUACCGUAAUGGUAGCUUACAAGAGAGGGUGAUUGUUGAGCAAAAGAGCGGCCUUGAACCAUUCAUACUUCUACCAAAUGAAAGAGCAAAGGAUAUCAAGUUUCUGACGAUAAAUCGAGCUAUAAAUAACCUAGCCAAUCAUGUGUUUAAAAAUUUUAUUCACUUGGAACGGCUCAUUUUAUCUUACAACGAACUGGAGGCACUACGAGACCAACAAUUCCAAAACCAAAAUUUGCAACUGUUACAAAUUUACGACUGCGGUGUCAAAACCAUUGAACCUUUAACCAACUUGCCCAAAUUAACCAAACUACGAAUAACACAUAACAAACUGGCAAAAAUACCGACAAACAUUUUCAGUAACUUGCCACUUGAGACUUUGGCCUUGUCCCAAAACCAGAUCACCACAAUCGAAAAAUUCGCCUUUGCCAACAUGACAAAACUGAAAAAACUUUUUCUGGAUGGAAACAACCUGACCGGAUUUAACGUCCCGGAUUAUGUCACACGACCGGAAACCCUAGACCGGCUUUGGUUACACCAAAACCAACUCCCGGAACUUACAAAUUACAUGCUUGAAGGCUUGACAAACUUAAAAAUUUUGAACCUUGGUUUUAACUCAAUUUCACGAAUUGAACCGAAAACUUUUGAGCAAACCCCAAAAUUGGAGAAUUUAGUUUUGACCAAUAACCAAUUGACAAGCAUCGAUGGUGCAGUUUUGCCAGCAACAGGACUCCAAAACUUGAAAAUUUUGUAUUUGGAUCACAACAGACUGAUGUUUUUGUCGUCGAAUUUUCUGUUUCGUUUGAAUUCGUUGAAGGCGAUGUCGAUCGGAGGGAAUCCGUGGCAGUGUCCGUGUCUGGAUUUGGUCCUGAGGUGGUUGUAUGAUAACGAAGUGGGACUGAAGUGCGAUAAGGAUUUUUUUGGGGGGAAAAGACCCGUUUGUGUGGUGCCUUCGAGGAGAAACAGUGAUGUUUGUGUGUAUUCGUAUGACCAGAAGAGUUACGAUUUGUUUGAGAGUGGUUACAAGAGCUACCCUUCUGUGGAUUAUUGUUUGCUUUAG